AUGGCGACGAUGGGUCACUCUGCUUGGCACAUGGAUGACAUCGAUGAUGCUCUGGCUGCAGACUUCGACGGCUCGCUCUCGGGUCUGGGCAUCGAGAUCGGGACCUCGUCCUUCAACAUGAGCGAAACCCUGCUGGCCCUGCCGUCUCUGAAAGAUUCGGUUUCAGGAGGGCACAUGCCGCAUGGACAUCACACGGCGGCAGCUCAACAGCGAAUAAAGAAAAAUCGACCGCUGCAAGCCGAGGAGGAGACCGCACCGACGACGAUCAAACGCUUCUGCAACGACCCCAGCCAGCAGCCUCAGAAGCAUUCAACCUCUGCACCGGAUCUCCGGCAUUGCACAACGGAUAACUUGCUUCUCAUGCAGCCGUCGUUAGCGGGCUCGUCGGUUUCAACAUCUCCCGCCGCGACGGCGUCCUCGUGCAUCGGUGCUCCCGUCCACGCCAGCAUGUUCCAAUGCGUUCUGGGUGCUGCGACUUCGAUUGCGACCAAGGUGAACGAGCGCACCAUGACCUAUCUCAACCAAGGACAGUCGUACGAGAUCAAGCUGAAGAAACUCGGGGACCUCACCGAAAUUCAGGGGAAACUGCUGAAGAGCAUCGUUCGGGUCGGCUUCCAGGAACGACGUCUGCAAUACAUGGAAAAGGAGCAGAUGGAACAGUGGACUUCUCAACAUCCCCUCGAACGCGUUCUCGACGUCGAUAUCCCCCUCAGCUACGGUGUUUUCGAUGUCGUCACCUAUCCGAAAAUCAUCAACGCCUUUGAGUUCAUGUGGGACCCGACCAAGGAAACCGGGGUUUUCGUCCGACUCAACUGCAUAAGCACAGAGUUCACGCCAAAGAAACACGGGGGCGAGAAGGGAGUACCUUUUCGACUGAUCGUGGAAACGUACGCGCACGAUGGGGGCGUCAUGCAGAACCAGGUCCAUAGCGCGUCCUGUCAGGUGAAAGUCUUCAAACCCAAAGGCGCAGACAGAAAACACAAAACCGAUCGGGAGAAAAUGAUCAAGAGACCGUCGGCUGAACAAGAACUCUACCAACCGAGUUUCGAUUGCACGUUCUUCACCGAAUGCAGUGCUCCCCAGCAGGGCUCGUAUUCACAGCAGAGCCCGCCCGUCGACGGUACCCAGGCAAAGGUAGAACCUGUCACCUCUACGCCCGUGCAGAGCUCGUCGAACGCAUCGAUCCCUUCGACGGCGUUCCCUCCGAGUCCGGAGUCGACCGCGCCGCAGACCCCGGCGACUCCCUUGCGCGCGGCGCAGAGGGUCAGCAUAUCACCACCGACCAGUUUGGCGGGAUCCGACUCGGAAGAGGUUCUCUUCUUGAGCAGUGAGGCCACUCCGCAGGAAACUGCCGAGUGGUUGAGAAUGAAUCGUUUCAACAACUCGGCUCAGACUCUGAGCACGUUUUCCGGGAGUGAUUUGUUGCGCCUCGACAAGAAUGAUCUUGUGACGAUUUGCGGCGUGGCAGAAGGUAUUCGACUCUUCAACCUGCUGCAUGCGAAGUCCAUCAAGCCCGCCCUCACCAUUUACGUCGGCAGUUCGAUAGAGGAGCCUUUCGCACCGAUAUUUCUAGAAAAAGCUACGGCGUACCAUCUCAAAUACGCGUUGUCGUCGGCUGCGGCGGCGCCGUGUGAGUACCUUUUUCUCAGAGGCCCCGGCGGCAUUCGGAUAUCGAUUACUGAUGAGCUUGUUCGCAACCUCAAUGACGAGGGUGCCUAUUUUCUGGAGAAACACGAUAACGUUACGUUGAUGUCGCCCGCUCGAACCAAUGUGCAAGAGUGAGAUAUUUCUCUACGGUGUCGAUUCUAUCAAAGAAAAAACUGGUCUUUACGCUAUGAACUCGCUGAAUUCGGUCAUCUACCCUCUUUUCCUCGGGGAGUAGAGGAACAGAAGAAAACAAGGCUCCUGUCGUCACAGCAGAGAGCAUUUUUCCGGUCGAUUUCUACUUAAUGAAUCUGGGCCAGAGUUCCUUCGACGAGAAGCGAUUUUUCCGCACGAAUAGUUUCUAAGCAGAACACCAAGGACAGGAUCAUCAGCAUCUAUAUACAAAGGAUAUAUCUGGGGAGGGGAAGCAGGCGAAAGAACUUGUGAUUAAUAUAACUCGGCUAGCUUCAUGUCAGGUCGAUAUUCAUGCGAGGAAUUUGUUUUUCCAAAUAUUCCCGAGAAACGCACGUUCGGAGAAACGACGCGACGUGGAGUAUGCUGACCGAGAACUGGAGGAACUGUCCAAACACUCAAUGACGAAAUAAAACUUGCAUCUAUUUUGUUACCGU